AUGGCUAUGGAAACAGGAGGAAUGAUGGGCGAAGAUGAUGACGACGAUGAAGAUGGGGACCGGUUUUUGAUACUAGAUGAUGGAGAUGCAAGGGGUGAAGAAGGAGUGCAGGCUGCGGAUGUGGAGAAGAAAGAAGGCGGAGAAGCAGGGAAGGUUGCUGGCGCCGGUGGAGGAAUUGUCCUUUCACCGAAAAAUGGGUACAGCAGUCAUGGGUACCAUCCGUUUCAUUCUCAGUUUAAGAGGCUCAAUAUAGCCAUUGAUGUUGCCUCAUCGUUAGAUUAUCUUCAUUCCCAAUUUGGCAACCCGGUGGUCCACUGUGAUCUAAAGCCAACCAAUAUUCUUCUCAACACCGACCUUACAGCCCACGUAACUGAUUUCGGCCUAACGAGGUUUCUCUCCGAGACAACCGAGCAAAGCAGUUUGAUGGGAAUAAAAGGAACCAAUGGAUAUAUUCCUCCAGAAUACGGAAUGGGAAUGGAAAUAUCGACACAUGGUGAUGUGUACAGCUAUGGCAUCGUUUUAACGGAGCUGUUUACAGGCAAAAGACCCACCGACAGCAUGUUUACUGGAGAGCUGAGCCUACGUAAGUAUAUUAAGACGUCCAUGCCUGAUCAUGUGACGGUGAUAGUUGAUACUUGGUUCAAUUUUGAAGAUGAAGCAGCAAUCAAUCAAAAUGACCAAAGCAGCACAGGCAUCGGAAGCAUAUGGAAAUGCUUGGCUUCGGUGCUUAAAAUAGGUGUGUCAUGCUCGGCUGAUUGGUCGAGUGAAUGUGCUGAGAGAACUUCACAAGGCUUACGAGUUAAAAUGGUGGGACAUGAAGCAGUGGAGGAGGAGACGUUUGCAGAAAGAACAGAGAGAGAAAUGGGGAAGAACGAUGUUGAUAUUCUUUGCUUGGCCAUUUAG